AUGACAAAUAACAAGAAGCAAAAGGCAGCUAUAAAAAGUUUGGAAACUCAAGUGGGCCAACUGGCUAAACAACUUGCAGCUAAUCAAUCAAAUGCAACAUUCUCAGCCAACACGCAAGAUAAUCCAAAAGAGCACUGCAAAGCGGUGGUGACAAGGACUGGGCAAAAAGGAAGUAAUAAUGAAGUUGAAAGGAAUGUAGUUGAAGAUAAUACGGAAGAGGAAGCCGAAAAACCUGAUGGAGAAGAUGAAGAAUAUGAAAUUAUUAAUACUACUGCUGAAGAAGAGAAUGUGAAUAAAGAAGUCAAAAAGAAAGAAAAGCUGAAAAGAAAAAGCAGUAGAGAAAAGAUGGCAAGCAACAUGAUACCAAGUCAACAUUUGCCAUAUCCUCAUGCUCCAUCAAAGAAGGACCACGCCAGGCAAUAUGCAAGUGCCAUAAUAUCACGCCUUCCUCAAAAGGCAAGAGACCCCAGAAGAGUCACAUUGCCGGUUACAAUUGGUAAUCAAAAUAUCGGGAAUGGACUGAUCGAUUUAGGAUCAAGUAUCAAUCUAAUUCCUCUAUCAAUAGUGAAGCGGUUGGGAAACAUUGAGAUGAAGUCAACAAGAAUGACUUUACAAUUAGCAGAUAAAUCAACCACUCUACCUUUCGGUGUUGCACAAGACAUGUUAGUGAAAGUUGACAAAUUCUUGUUUCCGGUAGACUUCGUUGUGAUUGACAUGGAAGAAGACAAGGAGUCACCUAUCAUUCUUGGGAGACCAUUCAUGAAAACAGCCCGAAUGAUGAUCGAUAUUGAUGAUGGUAUAAUGAAGUUAAGAGUUCAAGAUGAAGAGGUAUGCUUUAAUCUCUUCGAUGCCAUGAAGCAACCAAAAGACAAGAAUGACUGUUUUCGCAUGGAUAUUACUGAAGAGAGUGUAGUGGAAGUGACAAACCAAAUUCAUCUAUCUAGCCCUUUAAAGAGAUCUCUUGUUGAAUCUUUCAAUGAAUUAGAGAAAGGUGGCGACACGGUCACAAAGGAGGAAAAGAUAGAAGAUUUGGAGCUAAAAAAGGGAAUUACAGAGUCAAAGAUAGAAUUAAAGCUACUCCCACCUUAUUUGAAGUAUAUCUUUCUAGAUGAAGAGGGAAAUAAACCGGUUGUUAUCAGUUCUAAGUUGACUACAAGAGAAGCGGCAAGACUCAUUCAAAUUCUCCAAAAGAAUAAAGCUGCAAUUGGAUGGGUAUUGGCGGAUCUGAAAGGUAUAAGUCCUGCAUAUUGCAUGCAGAAGAUCAUGUUAGAGGAAGAAUUCAAACCGGUAGCUCAAACCGCAAAGAAGACUAAAUCCAACAAUGAAAGAGGUAGUAAGGAAAGAGGUGAUCAAACUUCUAGAAGCAGGUAUGAUUUACCCAAUUUCUGA